GGGGUUGGGGAGCGGCCCUUUGCUGUCCCCACCGCCUGAGGCCAGGGGCCGCGGGGACUUUUAUUCUGACACGGCCGGCGCCGAGCUCUGCUUAGUCAUGGUGACCUGCACGCUCCGCACCUCCCCCCACGCGCCGCGAUGGUGGCGCCGGGGCUCGGGCGGCGGAGGCGGAGCCCGAGCGCGGCCAUGGCAGGGCCCCUGAGUGCCAGAGGUGGUGGUGUUCCUUGUCACCUGAAACCCCAUGCAGCCAGAACCCAGGCCUAGCGGGGCUGGGGCCCGCAGCCGAUUCCUGCCCCUGAAUUCAAAGUGCCCCAAGGGGGCAGGGGACACGGUGAUGUACGCCUCCACUGAGUGCAAGGCUGAGGUGACGCCCUCCCAGCAUGGCAACCGUACCUUCAGCUACACGCUGGAGGACCACACCAAACAGGCCUUUGGCAUCAUGAAUGAAUUGCGGCUUAGCCAGCAGCUGUGUGAUGUCACCCUGCAGGUCAAGUAUGAGGACGCACCGGCUGCCCAGUUCAUGGCCCACAAGGUGGUGCUGGCCUCAUCCAGUCCCGUGUUCAAGGCCAUGUUCACCAACGGGCUGCGGGAGCAGGGCAUGGAGGUGGUGUCCAUCGAGGGCAUCCACCCCAAGGUCAUGGAGCGCCUCAUCGAGUUCGCCUACACCGCCUCCAUCUCCGUGGGUGAGAAGUGUGUGCUCCACGUCAUGAAUGGUGCUGUCAUGUACCAGAUUGACAGUGUCGUCCGUGCCUGCAGUGACUUCCUGGUGCAGCAGCUGGACCCCAGCAAUGCCAUUGGCAUCGCCAACUUUGCUGAGCAGAUCGGCUGUACCGAGCUGCACCAGCGUGCCCGGGAGUACAUCUACAUGCACUUCGGGGAGGUAGCCAAGCAAGAGGAGUUCUUCAACCUGUCUCACUGCCAGCUAGUGACCCUCAUCAGCCGAGACGACCUGAACGUGCGCUGCGAGUCCGAGGUCUUCCACGCCUGCAUCAACUGGGUCAAGUACGACUGUGAGCAGCGGCGCUUCUACAUCCAGGCGCUGCUCCGAGCCGUGCGCUGCCACUCGCUGACCCCGCAUUUCCUGCAGAUGCAACUGCAAAAGUGCGAGAUCCUGCAGUCAGACUCCCGCUGCAAAGACUACCUGGUGAAGAUCUUCCAGGAGCUCACCCUGCACAAGCCCACGCAGGUGAUGCCGUGCCGGGCGCCCAAGGUGGGCCGGCUCAUCUACACGGCGGGCGGCUACUUCCGCCAGUCCCUUAGCUACCUGGAAGCCUACAACCCUAGCGAUGGCACUUGGCUCCGGCUGGCGGACCUGCAGGUGCCACGCAGCGGCCUGGCCGGCUGCGUGGUGGGCGGGCUGUUGUACGCAGUGGGCGGCCGGAACAACUCGCCGGAUGGCAACACCGACUCCAGCGCCCUGGACUGCUACAACCCCAUGACCAAUCAGUGGUCCCCCUGCGCCCCCAUGAGCGUGCCACGCAACCGCAUUGGGGUUGGCGUCAUCGAUGGGCACAUCUAUGCAGUCGGCGGCUCCCAUGGCUGCAUCCACCACAACAGUGUGGAGAGGUAUGAGCCAGAGCGGGACGAGUGGCACUUGGUGGCCCCGAUGCUGACACGAAGGAUCGGGGUGGGAGUGGCUGUCCUCAACCGUCUCCUUUAUGCUGUUGGUGGCUUUGAUGGGACGAACCGCCUUAACUCGGCAGAGUGCUACUACCCAGAGAGGAAUGAGUGGCGGAUGAUCACACCCAUGAACACCAUCCGAAGUGGGGCAGGCAUCUGUGUCCUGCACAACUGUAUCUAUGCUGCGGGAGGGUACGACGGUCAGGACCAGCUGAACAGCGUGGAGCGCUAUGAUGUGGAAACAGAGACGUGGACUUUUGUAGCCCCCAUGAAACAUCGGCGAAGUGCCCUGGGGAUCACCGUGCACCAGGGAAGAAUCUAUGUCCUCGGAGGCUAUGAUGGUCACACAUUCCUGGACAGCGUGGAGUGUUACGACCCAGACACAGACACUUGGAGCGAGGUGACCUGCAUGACGUCUGGCAGGAGUGGGGUAGGCGUCGCUGUCACCAUGGAACCCUGCCGGAAGCAGAUCAACCAGCAGAACUGUACCUGUUGAGCCAAUUUUGGAUUUUUUUUGGGUGGGGGAAAAAAAAAACAGUCCGACAGAGAGUAUUGUUUUUGUACAAAAACAAGGACAAAAGAAAAGGCCUUAGCGCACAUAUUCCUCAUCCUCCAGGAAGGGAUGCUGGGAUGCCUCAGUGUUACAGUGACAGCUGGAAAGAAAAGGAAGGCCAGGACAGGAACCCACAAGCCCCUUGGAGGAGUCCCAGAAAUGUCCAAGACAGCCUGCCUGGGAGGAGGUGUGGGAUGGGCGGAGCCCCCGGAAGAGAGGCCCCCACAGUGCUGGCCAGAAAAUAGGCCUUGGUUGCACACCGGCAGCCAUCACUUCCCUUUGGGUUGAAAGCAGGCGCUGAGGUCAAGCUGGUUUUUGUUCCUGGCAGCUUUGUGAUUCAUUCCUGGAGACUCGGAGGGGACCCAGUGAGGACUUAGGGGUUUCAGCCCCUCCAGAAAUGUGGUUCCCGGGGAUGGUCCUGUACAUAGAAGCCACUGGAUAUCUCUGCCCUGGGCAGUUAUUUUGUUGAUAAGUAACCCUGUAACUUUCCAAGGAAAAUAAAGAACAAACUAACUAGUGUCUUCCA